AUGACGAUGUAUUCAACCAUCAAUUCGAUAUUCCACUACUCCGAAACUAACAAGCUUCACCUAUCGAUGAAAUGUGAAAAAAGUCUACCGAAUGUCACAAAUGUGCAAGAAACAAAGAUUGAGCCUGGAAAUGUUGACCCACAAUUUUUGGCAAACGUUUUGACGAUGUAUCCUGAUUCUCAUACUCUAUCUGUAAGGAGAAUUGUUGGAGAUAUACCGACCGAGUCUUUAUUUUUUCCAAUUCAAAAUAUUCAAGUAAUGUAUAAGUCCGGACCAGAUUACAUUCAUAACUUUGUCGGUCGAAACAUGCUGUUGAGUUGCGUUUUCUUAACUAACCAAGAUCUCAUAAAGUUUCUUAAACAAUGGAUUUCUAAAGAAGCUUAUCACAAUCUGGAGACUCUCUCCAUGCACAUAGUAACUGAAAUAAAUGCCGUUCUGAUACGUCAGUCAGUCGAAUCUGAAGAAUACGAUCCGAACGAACCAGAGAAGAGACCAAAGGAUUACGUUGUUGAUAUACCGGAAGUUUUCUAA